UUAUUUCUGUCUUUUUUUAGAAACUAGUGAUGUGUCUGAUUUGGAGGAAAUAAAAGAAACUACCAUGAAAACGAAAAGAGAGAAGAAGCGGCUGUCAGCAAUGCAUCAAUUUAAAAUUCGACAAGAAGAGGUUCGCCAUUUGCGUAGGGUCCACAAAAUAUAUGUUGAAGGCAGUGAUAUUCCUGAUCCUUUGGAAAAGUUUGAACAAUUAACAGUUGAUUUCAAUGUGAUGCCUUGUGUUCUGGAAAACAUACAGAAAAUGGGAUAUACCACACCAACUGCGAUUCAGAUGCAAGCUAUACCUUUAAUGCUACAUAAUCGUCAAAUUCUUGCAUGUGCUCCUACUGGAUCUGGGAAAACCGCAGCUUUUCUUAUUCCACUGAUACAUAACCUAAAGGGUCCUGAGAAAGGAGGCUUACGUGCAGUUGUAAUUGCACCUACUAGAGAGCUUGCCAAGCAAAUCCAUUCUUUUGCUGUACGCUUGUCAGAGGGGACUGAGUUGCGUACUCUGAUAAUAGAUGAUGUAAAUGCCACAAAAGAAAAUCCAAAAAUUUUUAAAAAGCACGAUAUUUUGAUAUCAACACCAAACAGGCUAAUUUACUUGCUUAAGAAUGAUCCUCCUUUAAUUAAUUUGAACAGAGUUCAGUGGCUUAUUGUUGAUGAAUGUGAUAAAUUGUUUGAAGUUGGGAAGCAAGGAUUUAGAGAUCAACUAGCUGUGAUUUAUAAUGCUUGUGAUUCAGCGGCAUUGAAAAGAGCUAUGUUUAGUGCAACAUUUAGCUAUGAAGUUGAAGAGUGGUGCAAGCUUACCCUUGACAGUUUAGUAUCUGUUUCCAUUGGAACCAGAAAUACUGCAGUAGAAACUAUAAAGCAAGAACUUGUCUUUGUCGGGUGUGAAGGUGGAAAAUUGCUCGCUCUAAGAAAUUUGAUAAAUGAGGGUUUUAUGCCACCGAUGAUGGUAUUCGUUCAAAGCAGAGAAAGAGCACGAGAACUGUUUUCUGAAUUGGUUUACGACAACAUAAAAGUUAAAGUCAUUCAUUCAGAAAUGAAGCAAGCUGAAAGAGACACUGUUGUACAACAAUUCAUCGAUGGGAAAACUUGGAUUUUGAUCUGCACUGAACUGAUGGGAAGAGGCAUAGAUUUCAAAGGAGUCAAUAUUGUGAUAAAUUACGAUUUUCCACCCACAGCCAUUUCAUACAUUCAUAGAAUAGGUCGCACAGGAAGAGCUGGAGAAGAAGGCAGAGCAAUCACAUAUUUCACAAGUGAUGAUCUCCCUAAUUUAAGAAGCAUUGCCCAAGUGAUGAAGAAUGCUGGAUGUGAAGUUCCAGAUUACAUCAUGAAACUCAAGAAAGCGCCCAAGAAAAACAAAGGAGAAAUAGUACGUCCCAUUAAAAGAGAAAAAAUUUCAAAUGUUCCUUCCUAUCAGCUACAGAAAGAAGCCAAAAAAAGAAAAAUGAUUCAGAAUUCCAUAAAAAAGAAAUUUAAAAAGAAAGAGAAAAAAUCUGACAUCAAAGAAACAAAAUUAAGUUAGUUAUAUAUAUAUAUAUAACUAAUGUCAUGUGCAUAUAUUUUUGUAUAGAAUAAAAAAUAUAUUUUACU